GAAGUCUCGCGAUAAGAGGCAGUUGCCGUAGCGGAGCCCUCUGGCAGUGUGUGUGAGGAUUCAGUGCUGGAGCUGUGGACGGUUUGUCGAGCCCGUUAGUGCUCCUGCCGAGACUCACGCUGUCGUCAUGUCCCGCUACCUGCGUCCCCCAAACACGUCUCUGUUCGUAAGGAACGUGGCCGACGAUACCCGGUCUGAAGAUUUACGACGUGAAUUUGGUCGUUAUGGUCCUAUAGUUGAUGUGUAUGUUCCACUUGAUUUCUACACUCGCCGUCCAAGAGGAUUUGCUUAUGUUCAAUUUGAAGAUGUUCGUGAUGCCGAAGAUGCUUUACAUAAUUUGGACCGAAAAUGGAUUUGUGGUCGCCAAAUUGAAAUACAGUUUGCACAGGGAGAUCGGAAGACUCCAAAUCAGAUGAAAGCCAAGGAAGGGAGGAAUGUAUACAGUUCUUCACGUUAUGAUGAUUAUGACAGAUACAGGCGUUCUAGAAGCCGAAGUUAUGAAAGAAGGAGAUCAAGAAGUCGGUCCUUUGAUUACAACUAUAGAAGAUCCUAUAGUCCUAGAAACAGUAGACCGACCGGAAGACCACGGCGUAGCAGAAGCCAUUCCGACAAUGAUAGAUUCAAACACCGAAAUCGAUCUUUUUCAAGAUCUAAAUCCAAUUCAAGAUCACGGUCCAAGUCCCAGCCCAAGAAAGAAAUGAAGGCUAAAUCACGUUCUAGGUCUGCAUCUCACACCAAAACUAGAGGCACCUCUAAAACAGAUUCCAAAACACAUUAUAAGUCUGGCUCAAGAUAUGAAAAGGAACCAAGGAAAAAAGAACCACCUAGAUCCAAAUCUCAGUCAAGAUCACAGUCUAGGUCUAGGUCAAAAUCUAGAUCAAGGUCUUGGACUAGUCCCAAGUCCAGUGGCCACUGAUAGUAUAAACCAUGAUAUUUUUAGGCAUGUAUCAUUCAUUUACUCAUAGUUUGGUUUACUUAAAUUAUCAGGAAUACAAUGUUGCAAUGAUGCUUACAAAACAUUUGUCAGUUUUCCCUGUACCAGGCAAUGGUUAUAAUUAAAGUGAUAUGCUGUUGAGAAGCCACUCUUAAGAGUCCAGUUUGUUUAAUGUUAUGGGCAGCUACCAAUUUGUGGUGUCUCUGUAUAUUUUUGUAAAGAUUCUCAUUUUUUAUGCUUGAAGUAUUGGUGAAAAGAUGUUGGUUGACCAUAAUUUGCAACAUUGUCUUAUUAAAAAUAAACUCUUAUAUCCAUAUUUGGUAGACCUGUUAACCUAGAAAUAUAGCUUGCUAAUAAGAUAGAAUGAUACAAAAGUGAAGUUGUAGCCACAGUACACUGAGUGAUCAGACACAUUUAGGUUCAGGGUGGACCUUUUUGUCUUGUUAAGAUGUCUAGGCCCGUGAAAAUAGUUAAUUUAUGACACAGUGUGGAGUAGUUCUUUUCUUAACCCCACCUUCUUAGGGAAUGAUGCAACGGGUUAAGUAGCAUUUCCAGGGAGAUUGAGUUUUUAUUGAAACAUGGAGCCUUCACUGCUUUUUUUCUGGUUUCUAAGAAGAUUUGAAAUAUACAAACAUCAGAAAAAUUCACCUUAAAAUUUGAACAGGUCAAUGAUGACAAAUUUGAGGUGGAAAUGAUGCUGUUAUGUAGUUAAGUUACUCUAAACUUGAAAGAACAUUGUUGACCAUAAUAGCUUAGUUUUUGCUGCUGUUAAAAGCAAGUAAAUUGUUUCACCGGAAGUUUGUGUACAUAGUGUAAAAGAACUGAAUUUUGAUGCUUAUAGCACUAGGUGUAUGUGCAUUUGUAUCAAAAUUUGCCUACCUCUUUAUGAAGGAGGCUUGUUCUUCACAUCUGUUUAUUUAAUGUGAGGCAAAUUGAAAGACAACACUCCCAUUCUAGGUGAUUCUGUGGUGCCAUGAAAAAGAACUGACUUUAAGUACAAGUCACAUCUUUGAGUCUUUGAUUAUUGAUGUAGUACCUGACUAAAAAUGAGGAAAAAAUUCCCUUAACCAUUUAUAAUUUCUAGCAUUUCUCUGAGAGAUCGUUUUAGGGACAAUAAAAGUUACUUGAUGUGUCCACUCUCAUUUCAGAAUAAAAGCUAGCAUCUUUAAAAUUUUUAGAUUGCUUGCUUGCCAGGUUAUAAGAAAUAUUGUGGGAAAACGACUCCUUUUAGAGGAUUGCUUUUUUCAAUUUUGCUUUUAGUAAUCUAGGCCUUGCCUGUAAAGAACAAAAGGUGGUUUUUAAAUACUGUUUGUGGAAUGUGUUUAAAGGGUUGAUUCUAGAACCUUUGUAUAUUUGAUAGUAUUUCUAACUCAUUUCUUUACUGUUUUGCAGUUAAUGUUCAUGUUCUGCUAUGCAAUCAUUUAUAUGCACGUUUCUUUAAUUUUUUAGAUUUUCCUGGAUGUAUAGUUUAAACAACAAAAAGUCUAUUUAAAACUGUAGCAGUAGUUUGCAGUUCUAGCAAAGAGGAAAGUUGUGGGGUUAAACUGUAUUUUCUUUCUUAUAGAAGCUUCUAAAAAGGUAUUUUUAUAUGUUCUUUUUAACUAAUAUUGUGUACAACCUUUAAAACAUCAAUGUUUGGAUCAAAAUAAGACCCAGUUUAUUUUCUGCUUGCUGUAAAUGAAGCAAACAUGCUAUAAUAAAAACAAAAAUGAAGGAAAUAAUGAUUAACUGGAAUUAUUAUAGUUUUUAAUGAGAUCCUAAAAUAACAAUGGAAACAAUCUUUUGUAGAUUGAGGAAUAGUUUUAAUCAGUGUUGCUCUAGGCACAACUAACUUUUAUUUUGGAAAUGAAUAGAACUUACCAGUAAGGUACAUCUUUUACAUGGUACUUAAAAAUUCCUUAGGUAAUGUCAAAGCCCCUUGGGUUAAAUAACUUAGAGGUUAUUAGUAGUGUUAAGAUAUGCAUUAAAGUGAAAUUUGGUCAGCUAAUUAUAAGUUUAAUUGGGUAGACCAAUAAUUCUGCUCUCCCCAGUUCUAAACAAGAUAUGUUAGAUCUUGUUUAUGGCAUGGUUUAAAAUGCUUUUGCAUUGAAUUUGAUGAGCAAUUAAUACAUGGUAACUAUUUUGGGGAGCUGGUUUAGAUGUUUGAAUUCCAGCUACUAAAUAAUGGCAACAAUUAUAGCUGAUAGUUAUUGAGUAUUUAUGAUGUGCCAGACACUGUUCUAUAAGUUUUUUAUGUGUUAGCUCCUUUACUCUUCACAAAACCCUAUUAGAAAGAUACUUUUAUUUUCCCCAUAUCACAGAUAAGGAAAUUGAGGCACAAAGACAGGGCCAGAUUAUUGAGUCCAGACCUGGUCCUCAUGGUUGGAUGGUUAUUUUUUUGUUUGUUUUCUUUUUUUAAUGGACUACAAUUUGAGAAAAGUAGAUUGAGGAUAUGAUUCUCAGUCUCUCUAGAAUUAAAAGACCUUAUAUUUUCAUUUUUUUACUUGUGUCUCUUAUUUUUAGACUCAUGUAUGUUAUUUCUGAAAUAAGGUAUCUAACAGCUUCAAAAGGACUAUAUUAUAGUUGAACCCAUGAUAGUUAGGAUCCUACUGAUACUGAUGAGGAUCCUUACACAGUGCUUUAAUUUUGGGAUACAUACUUGAGUUACACAAUUACUGAGUACCUACUGUGUGUCUGGCACUGUGCUUAAUAUAUUAAAACAUCAAGACUCAAGUGAGGGAUGACACUUCACCUCCCUUUUUACAUUUUGUUUUAAGCCAAAUAAGCAAGAAGAGAAAUGACAGAUAAUGCCUCAGUGAGAAAGAAAAGGUGUGCUACAUAGUGUAUGAGCUAUUAAGGUAUAACCCUGGGAACUAUUGUACUAUUCUCUUGAAAAUCUGGCCCAGUAAGCUGCUACUCCAGUUCAACUAACAAAAUCCUGUGUACCACAGAGAAGAAUACAGAAAACCAAACUGACAAACAUCCUUCUUUUAUUUAAGACCAAACUGCAGCUGGAAUUCCCAGUACAGUUCUGCUUACUGCACUUCAAGAAAGAUCUGAGAAAGCGGAAAGAGAACCAAAGAAGGGCAGUUCAAGCGACCAAAGGGUGGGUGGAAGGUGCUGCAGUAUGAAUACUGUGUGAAUAUUUUGACUCUGGUCUGAAAAGAUAAAAGAAUGUUAUUGAAACUACAUGGAAUAAUUGAAGUCCCUUCAAGUUUGAAAGUAAGCAUUUUAGGACAAAUAAAAGGAAAUUCACCUUUGUACUUGUGGAAACUAAUCCCUAAAUCUGAAUAGGUUUAUAUUGAUUCAUGGAUAACAGGUCCAUAAUAAAUUACUGGAAACUAGGAUGUCUGAAUAUCACGGUAGACAGCCUUAAGUCUCCUACAGUGCUUCUUUUGGUCUGUCUGAAACUAAAUUGGGUGAGAAAAGGCAUGGUCCAAUAUAAACUUUUUCUUGGUUAUCUCUUAAAGUCAGAUACGUUUUUGCUAUUGGCAAAUAUUGACUUUGUUCCAGUGCCAGUGUUUUACUGUUUAAUGGUUUGCUUUGUUGGCAUCUGAGUUUAUUUACCUGUAUGCCAUGUGCAGUUUACAUCUUCCUUAAACACUAUUCCCAGGUAAAUUCUAAUUAUAAUACUUGACAUCCAGUUAAGAGGUUCCACAUCUCACCUCUUUCUUAGCAUAUUCAGCAAACAUUUACUGAGCCCUUACUAUAAGCAAAAAUUGUAUUGGAUAAUUGGGAGGAAAAUAGAUUUAAAAUUCACUUAUUCAAUAAAGGUGUGAGCACAAUCUAGUGACUAACAUUACAGUAUGGCCUCAUUGUUUUGAGGUGUAUUGUUUGACAAUAUUUUACACCAUUAUCCUAAUGUAAUUAUAAAACCCAGUAUACUAUCAAAGAUAAGUAAUUUUGUGGUUACCUGCCAUUAAAAAGUAUCUGGUAUUUUUGUUUGCAUCCCGUUAAUACAAAUAAUGAAAAAAUGAUGUUUUGAUCUGUAAUAAACUGAUUUAUUGUGCAGUGACUGUAAUAUACUAGAAUUAUAUUAAAUUGUUAACUGACUCCUCAAACACACAUUAGGAAAUAAUCCCCCCAAAAGUAUUUCAUUUUGCAUUAGAUACAAGUACACUGGGUGCUAUAAUUAGAUUAUUUUGAGGCAGACAGCUGUUAUCCCAACUGAUUUAGUAUGUUCUGUAACUGAAAAUGUUCGCCAAGUUAUACUUUUUAGUGAUUGACAUGUACAUUUUGUAGGGGACAUGUUCUGUGUAUAGUGAAUAAAUAACUUUUAUAGUAUCACAAAAUGUUUUGGAUUCCUUAGUUCCUUACUAGGGUAUGAGGGCUAUUUGCCUAUAUAUUGAUUCCAUCACUCCUAUUUUUGUCAUGUUUCUGCCACAUUUAAACUUAAAAUUAUUCAUCUAAGAAUAUGGAUUUGUAAAGAUUUCGAAAAUGUAGCAGAAUACACAUAUUAAGGGGAGGUAUGAACUGGAGGUUAAUGUAUGUUUUUCAAUCCUGAACUGGAGGUUAUUUUUCUUGUUAAUUUUGAACUUGGCUAAGAUACAUAGAAAAUGGCAGAUUAGAGUCCAUGAUUUUUCAUUUAGUUCAUCUUUGUCACAGUUUUGCACUGCACUUUUUUUUUUUCCAAAUGGGCAGUUUUUUUUAUAGCUUAAACUUUUAAGGGAAUCUAAGGUUCACUGAGAGGGGAGAUUUAAUAGAUUUAUAAGAUAGGUUUAAUUGCAAAAAGUAUUUUGUGACUCUUCUUAAUGGAAGAGGUUAAAUGUAACCCAAGCUCUCACAGCUGUUGUGACACACUUUUUCCAGGCUGGUUUCCCAAAUUUCAUUAUAUUGCAUUUUGAUCAUAUUCUCGUUUACAAAAUCCCUGAGAUAUUUUGAAAUAGGGGAGCUGUGACUUGGGACAACAGAGUAGGGUAGCUCAGGAAUAAUCUAAUGGCAUUCUGCCAGGAGGUCUAUUAAAGCCUUUAGGAAUCCCAGGAAAUAAACUGUUUUCAUUGAUAAAUGAAGUAAAAGCAACCUUUUUGUCUUCAUUCAACUAUUGGCAUCUCUAAGAUGGAAAGGUUCUUUGGAAAGGUUCUUCUUUCUAGGGUUUUCAUCCUCUGCCCCUUCUUCCAACAUUGUUAAUGUUUAGUGCUUUAUGUUUAUGUACUCCUAACCUUUGUUUCACCCUUAUAUUAAAGAUGGGAUUUUUUGUUGUUGUUUGGAAUAAAAAGCAAGGCAUGUAAAUUCAUUUCAUUGAUAAUUGCUAGCGUAGUUUGUUAAGUAAAAGGCCUAUGUGAAGUUUUUUUGGAUCACAUCUCUGAAUUCUAGAGAGAAAUAAACUGGUCUAGGAGCCAAAAAA